AUGUCUCGCGAACCCGCACAGUUGAGGUUGACAGGCCAAAGCACUUCGGGCGCAGUCCCUGCUGAGGCACAUGAAGCCACGAGCAACGAUGAGGCUGCAGGAGGUGAAAGUUGGGAUGGCAAGCAACCGUCCCCGACUCCAUCAUCCAAGGCACUGACGCCAAGUUCCAGGUUUCUCAAAAUGCAAUAUUCCAGGACUCUCAGCAGUGGGAACAAGAUGCCAUCGCCGUGGCAGCUACAACUGCGGAGAAUGCUCAAGUCCACGUAUUGGGAUCUCUUCACAGGCGUCACGAUUAUUAUCGACGUGGCCUUCACCUGCCUUGACAUUGACUUAAGGGCAGUGGGAGGUGUCGCGCCGGUGUGGUUAGAGGUCGGCUCCGGCCUUUGCCUCUGCAUAUACGCUUUGGAGCUUGGGGCCGUCUUUGUGGUGCGCCGAUGUGCAGUUCUAAAAGAACCCUGGACACUUCUGGACAUCAUCAUUGUUGGAUCCGGAGUUCUGCAGCUGACACUUAAGUUUGUCGGCCUGUCCUUAGACAGCGUGGCAGUGCUGCGACCGCUGCGCGUGGUCCGCAUCAUGAGGCUCUUCCGUCUCUUCCGCAAGUUUAGCAUGCUCAAAGAGCUUCGCAAGCUUAUCUCGAUGACAGCAUCCUGUUUCAAGACGCUUUGCUGGAGUUUCCUGUUCUGUUUUAUUGUGAUGACUUCCUGGGCCAUGCUGGCUGUGGAGAUGCUGCAGCCCGUUAUACCUUCUUUGGUGGAGGUUAUGAACGCCAACCUCUUGAUUUUCAAGACAGUUAUCGCCGGAGACAGCUGGGGUGAAGUGGCGGUACCGGUGAUACAGGAGUUUCCCCUGGCUAUUGUCAUUUUCAUGGGUUCGCACCUGACCAUUGUCUUUGGUGUCCUGAAUCUGGUGGUUGCUGUGGUGGUGGACACAUUCGCCGAGCAACGCACGAAGGAUGUGACGAACAUGGCAAUCGAGAUGGAGGAGAACGAAGAAGAAGAUUUGAGGACACUAGACAAGAUGUUUGCCGAGAUCGACGGUGACGGUGAUGGCGAGUUGACUCUUCAAGAGCUUGUAGACGGAGCUAGAAGAGUGCGAGAGUUCCAAAACCGACUUCGAGUCAUGGACAUAGAUCAGGCUGACUUGGAGCAGCUGUUCGGGAUGUUGGACCACGACGGCGGGGGCACCAUCGACCCUGAUGAGUUUAAGGUCACUCUGUCCCGGUGGGCUUUCGAAUCGAAGACGGCUACCCGCUUCGUGCGCUACACAUUGCAGCAACUCGUGGACAAUCACCAAACGGCGGCUCAAAAGCUAUCAACUAUGGAAGAGCGAUUGCAAUCUGCUGUCUCUGAAAAUCCACGUGGAGGCCCACCACCUCAAUGUAGCAAGCGUCGGCGGGCGAGAGGUCGUCACGGGUGCAGGCUUCUCACUUCUGCUCGCUACCAUUACAGGGAAUCUCUGGCGUUGCCUGCACAACGCAUUCCCAAGAUGGAGGCGCAUGCGUGGCCAGUUGCUGGCGACUGCUUCGGGCCUCGAUGUCAUCAGUCAGUGAAACCAGCACAUUUGGGAGAGGUACCGGCGUUCUGCAGCAACGACAGUGCUGCGCAGCCUAUCUGGUCUUAG